GGGAAAUACCUCUGUGGAAGGAGGGAGGGAUUAAACAGGCAGAGAGGUAUAAUUACGGUAACAGAGCAGAGAGGGAGAGAGUAGAGUGACCCUGCACACAGCGUUUAUUCAGCUCAGACCACCAAACCACCAGGACCAUAGAGGACCGAAACAAUCAGGACCACAGAGGACCAGAACCAUCAGGACCCAGGAGGGCCAGAACUAUCAGGACCAUAGACCACUAAACCAUCGGGACCACAGAGGUCCUGAACUAACAGGACCACAAAACCAUCAGGACCAGACUGAGGACCAGAAGACACACCUGUGAACUCUGUUGACUCUGUGAGGAUUUUUAAUUUCAGUGUGAACUCUGUAUUUGUUGUUUCUCUUCACUGAGACUCUGCUGAGUUUACUGACUUGACUGCUUGACUCAGCUGGUUCUGUGAGGACCUCAUCUCAAACACCUUGAACUGUUAUAAACGGCUUCCUCUUCUCAUCUGCUGCGUUUCUGAAUGUUAAGAUAGCGACUCUACUGUCCACGCUGAACCAUGUCUGCUCUGUUUGCCGUCCUCAUCUUCAUGGCCAUCAGUCUUCCCGUUGACGCAUCUCCAAUGGUCACACCGGCUCCGGAGGUUGAUGUGGCUACUCAGCUCCAAGAGGGGUCUACAUCUUUGGACUGUCCUUCCUGUUCUCUGUCUCAGAUGAGGAGGAACUCCUCUUCGUUGGGAGGACAGAGCGAGAUGGUGGAGGCAGUAAAACGACACAUUCUCAACAUGCUGCACCUCAGUGCUCGGCCCAACCUGACGCAGCCAGUACCACGUGCUGCACUGCUCAAUGCCAUCAAGAAACUACACGUGGGCCGUGUGACCGAAGACGGCAGCGUGGUGAUCCAAGAGGAGAGUCAGGGCCCCAGGACCGUGCCCCCACCUGAACCGCCAUCUGAAAUCAUCACCUUUGCAGAGCCAGGAGACUCUCUGAACAUGGUGACCUUUGACCUUUCGAAGGAGGGUGCUGGCUCGUCAAUGGUUGAACAGGCAAACGUCUGGAUCUUCCUGAAGGUGUCGAAGGGAAACCGACCCAAAGGAAAAGUGAUGCUGCGGCUGCUGCGGCUCAGUAACAAUGAGGAGGAGGAGGAGUGUGUUUCGGAGAAGAUGGUGGACACCCGCCGCAGUGGUUGGCACACCCUUGGCGUAUCACGCAGCAUUCAGACCCUGUUGGACAGCGGCAGAAGCUCAGUCAGCAUGCAGGUUUCCUGCCUGCUGUGCGCUGAGGCCGGAGCCACACCCAUCCUGGUGCCUGCCAAUACCGAGCAAGCAGGAGAGCGAGAUCAGUCUCACCGACCGUUCCUCAUGGUGGUGCUGCGAGCUCGAGAAGAAGAGACUCUGCAGCGAGUCAAACGAGGUCUGGAGUGUGAUGGGAAAAUACACGUUUGUUGCAAACGACAGUUUUACGUGGACUUCAGAGACAUCGGCUGGAAUGACUGGAUUAUUGCACCAUCCGGUUACCAUGCCAACUACUGUGAGGGCGACUGUUCAAACCACAUGGCGAGCAUCAGCAGCUCGUCGCUCUCCUUCCAUUCAACGGUCAUCAAUCACUAUCGCAUGAGGGGUUACAGCCCCUUUCAAAACAUUAAGUCGUGCUGCGUGCCAACGAGGCUGCGCGCCAUGUCAAUGCUCUACUACAACGAAGAGCAGAAGAUCAUCAAGAAAGACGUCCAGAACAUGAUUGUCGAGGAGUGCGGCUGCUCGUAAAGACUUCACAGUUACUUCCUGCUCUCCUGUGGGAAAACAGAUCAGAUCAACACUUUCCAAGUAAAGAUAAAGUGUUUAUGUUUAGUGCCAAGGCAUUGUGUUUCUUCUUGGGAGAGACUUUUUUCCACAUUGGAACGACCUGAGAAUACUAUGCAACACUUCAUCGGUCUACAGUUAUGUUUGUCUGUUGUUUUCUAUCCAUAUAGAAAAUAUGUGUGAUGAACAUUUUUAAUUUUUGACUGUUUACUGAGGAAUAAUCUUUGAUGUUGAGAUACAACUAUGAAAAAUGGCCAACCAACAUUAUUAUUAUUAUUAUUAUUAUUAUUAUUAUUAUUAUUAUUAUUAUUAUUAUUAUCAAGUUAGUUGAGUUCUGAUAUUUGGAUAACAUUUCUGACAGAGGGUUCAUUUCAGAAGAAAGCCAAAGACAGACGACACUGAUGAUGAAAGUUUGGUUUAAUGAAGUUAAAACAAGCUGUGAGUAUUAUUAGUAAAAAUUAUUUAACUGGUCAAACAGAAACGCUGAAACGGUUUCAGCAGUUUUUGGUUGUUUCUCCAUUGUAAAAACUAUGAAACAUUGUUGCCAACUUUGUAUAAUUUAUUUGCUUUUUUAGCUUCAUCAUUGAAUAAACUGUCAACAUUG